CAACAACCUCUCUACUCGACAAACAACGAACCCAACAUGGUACGACAUAAGAAGGACGGAUUCUCAUCACGAGGAGGAAAGAAAUACAGCAACCCACCAAGACCAAGAGGACCGCGAAACGAUGGCGAAGAUGGUGAACACCCCGCAUCUCGCCCCGCCUACAAAGCUGCAUGCUGGGAUUUAGGCCACUGCGAUCCCAAACGUUGCUCAGGCAAGAAACUCAUGAAAAUAGGUCUCAUGCGCGAGCUGCAUAUUGGGCAGAAGCACUCCGGCGUGAUCAUCAGUCCAAAUGCGAAACGCACUAUUUCUCCUGCCGACCGAGAGUUGAUGGAGCAAUUUGGAGCUGCGGUGGUGGAAUGCUCAUGGGCCAGAGUGAAGGAGGUACCAUGGCCGAAGAUUGGUGGGAAAUGCGAAAGAUUAUUGCCCUAUCUAGUGGCUGCGAAUAGUGUCAAUUACGGAAAGCCUUGGAGGUUAAAUUGUGUGGAAGCGCUUGGCGCAGCGUUUUAUAUCUGCGGACAUCCGGAAUGGGCAGAGGAGGUUCUUUCACAUUUCCCUUACGGCCAAGCAUUCCUGGACAUCAACUCUUCGAUUUUGAAACGUUAUGCUGCGUGUAAAGACGAGGCAGAUAUCAAGAAGACAGAGGAGGCUUGGAUGGCAAGGUUAGAGAGGGAGUACGCAGACAGCAGGGCAGAUGGAGAGCAUGGUCUAGACACAGACAUGUGGAAGGGGGGAAAUACAAAUCACAGAGCGCCUGUUAGCUCGGAUGACGAAGACGAAGAUGAAGAUGAGGAGUCAGAAGGGGAAAGUGGAGAGGAAGUUGAUGGGAUAUAUCUAGGCAAGAAACCGCCAAAGGUGGAAGAAGAGCCAAAAGAGGAGAAGGAUCCAUUUGAUAUAUCAGACGAUGAGGAUGAUGAGGAGGAGAUGGCGGAAUUGCGACGAAGAGUCCUCGCAUCUAAACCAUUUACAAAUCCAAAAGCCCCGGAUCGGGAGAAAUCCUUAGAAAGGAUAUCCAGACCAGUUCUCCUGAAGGAAGAUUCGGAUAUCGAGCCCGAUUCCGACAAUGGAGAUGACGACGAGUUUGAUAACAUCAUCGAUGCUACCCCUGUCACGGAUAGGAUAGGUAUCCAAGCCAGGCAAAAGGCCAAAGCUUCGGAACCUAUCGCCAGCGCCACAUUCUCUAGGGCAUUGGUUGGAGCACCCAAGAAGUGGUAGCGAAUCAAGAUCAUUGUGUACCUAUGCC